AUGUCUCUUCUUUAUUAUCGCGUUUUUAAUGAUAUAUUUGACGUGAUUCGUCGACACAGCGAAGUGAAGAAACAACGACGAGAUGAGCUGCUUCAACAGCAGCAACAACAAAGUGGUCAACAACAUCCAACAGUUAGGAGUAUUCGUUCGGAACGUAUGGAAAGAUGUAAAAGUUGUUGUAAAUCUGUAACAACAUUUAUAUUUUCACGUGUUGGACUUUGUUUACUUGUUGUGGCAUAUGCAUUUGGUGGUGGUGUUGUAUUUCAAUUUCUUGAAGGACCACAUGAAGGUGAAGUUAGUCAAGGUGUUCAUCGACGUUUAAAUAUAACUGUUGAAAGAUUAUUUAUGACUAGUGAACAAUCAAAAGUUUUACAUAUUAAUAAUUGGACAACAAUGGCUAGACAAAUACUUGAAGAAUAUCAAUUAGAAUUAGUUCGUCAAACAAAACGUGGUCAUCAAGGUGAACGUCUUGAUGAUGAUAACAAACAAUGGACUUUUCCAGGUGCAAUUCUUUAUGCAAUUACAGUUUUUACGACAAUAGGUUAUGGACAUAUUACUUGCAAAACUAAUUAUGGAAAAAUAAUGACAAUGAUCUAUGCUAUAUUUGGUAUUCCCUUAAUGUUAUUAUGCUUAGCAAAUAUUGGUUCAACAAUGGCUGAUGCAUUUCGUUUUAUUUACUGUAAUGUUUGUUGUUCAUAUUGUAAUAUGAUAAAAAAACGUCGUAAUCUUCGCGCAUUACAAUCUGUUGAAUUAUCACAUAAUGCAACAUCAUCACUUCCAUCAUCUCCGACAACGAGAACACUAGCAGUAAAUAAUCUUCCAGUCGUAUCAUCAGAUAAUACUGAAGUAAAGUCAUCACCAAGUGUUGUUGAAUUUGUUGAUAAUUUUACUAUUGAUUAUCGUAAAACAACAAUACCAAUUAGUGUUACACUUUCAUUAUUAUCAUCAUAUUUAAUACUUGGAGCUGUACUUUUUAGUGAAUGGGAAAAUUGGAAACUUUUAGAUGGUGCUUAUUUUUGUUUUGUUACACUUGCAACAAUUGGUUUAGGUGAUCUUGUACCUGGAAAAUCAAUAACAUCAACACAAGUUGAAGGUAAACUUAUUAUAUGUGCUCUCUAUGUUUUAUUUGGUUUAUCAUUAAUGGCAAUGUGUUUUAAUUUAAUGCAAGAAGAAGUACGAGCUAAAUUUCGAAGAUUAGGAAAUAAACUUGGAAUUAUUGAUGAUCCGAACUUUUGGUAA